CCCAUUCUCUCCGGCUGUGCUAACAUGGUCACAUAACAUUUUGCAUGGAGAGGUCCAAGCGAGGAGCUUGUGGCCAAUGGCUGCAGGCGGAAGCGCCUCUGAUCGCUACAAUCUUGUGCGUUACCAUAGCUGGCCUCGGCCUUCUUCGUGUGGCGGGGGACCACUUGGUAGGUGCCACGAGAACUUCACUUGAUGCUACUUGCCCGGCCACGAACACGGCUGGUAUGUUUGCAUGUGAUGGAGGAUCUGCAGCACACAGGCGGUCAUAUGACAUCUCUGGCGCUGAGCAAGUCCGUCGCUUGCGGACAGUCUCCUCAUGCGAGUUCACACGAAUCCCAACGGCAACUGACCAGGUGCCGUGGCCACCACCUGAGCCCAUGGUGAUGGAGUUGCCAGGGUGGAAUGCUGAACGCUUUCGCCACAAUGCUUUCCUGGAGCGGUUUAAGGAGUGGCGCUGGCCUUUGAGCACCUUUCUGCGUGAUCCGUGGUUGGCCCUGGUCGGCCAGAAGGGUGAACUGCUGCCAGAGGCGGUUGAGGUAUCUUUCCAAGAGUCUCUUGGUCUGCAUUGGAAACAGACCUUUUUCUGUAUCGAAGCUUGCACAGUCUCAUGUUUCAGUGCUUCAGCAGCAUGCUGUUCAAAGAGUUCAAAACUUCUCCCAACAGACUGGAAUAGUGAAUACGAUGAACCUGGCCGCCUAGAGGGCCUAGCAGGGCAAGAUGACUAUUGACAGUUGCAGGGAAUCAACAUGGAGCGCCUGUGCUGGGGCGGCAAUAGGGUCAGUUGUUUUGGGGCAAUAUAAAACAAUUUCAACAAAUUCUUACCGCACACGGAAGGAAACAGACUGCACGGUAGUGCCC